GUGAGCUGCGCGCGCCCGGGCAUCCGGUUCCAGGUGCAUUCUCCGUAGUCUCGGACCGACGCGGCAGAGCGCCUGGAACAUUCCGCUCGUGGGCCGGCCAGCGUGGGGCGAUGCUGAGGGUGCGGUGUCUGCGCGGCGGGAGCCGCGGCGCCGAGGCGGUGCACUACAUCGGGUCUCGGCUUGGAAGAAACUUAACGGGAUGGGUGCAGCGAACUUUCCAGAGCACCCAGGCAGCUACGGCUUCCACCCAGAACUCCUGUGCAGCUGACGACAAGGCCACUGAUCCUCUGCCCAAGGACUGCCCUGUCUCUUCUUACAACGAAUGGGACCCCUUAGAGGAGGUGAUAGUGGGCCGAGCAGAGAACGCCUGUGUUCCACCAUUCACUGUGGAGGUGAAGGCCAAUACAUAUGAAAAGUACUGGCCAUUUUACCAGAAGCAUGGAGGUGAUUAUUUUCCCAAAGAACAUUUGAAAAAGGCUGUUGCUGAAAUUGAAGAAAUGUGCAAUAUUUUAAAAAUGGAAGGCGUGACAGUGAGGAGGCCUGACCCCAUUGACUGGUCAGUGAAGUAUAAAACUCCUGAUUUUGAGUCUACGGGUUUAUACGGUGCAAUGCCUCGAGACAUCCUGUUAGUUGUGGGAAAUGAGAUUAUCGAGGCCCCCAUGGCAUGGCGCGCUCGCUUCUUUGAAUACCGUGCAUACCGGUCAGUUAUCAAAGACUACUUCCAACGUGGUGCCAAGUGGACAACGGCUCCUAAGCCCACAAUGGCUGAUGAGCUUUAUGACAAGGAUUACCCCAUCCAUUCUGUAGAAGACAGACACAAAUUGGCUGCUCAGGGAAAAUUUGUGACAACUGAAUUUGAACCGUGCUUUGAUGCUGCUGACUUCAUUCGAGCUGGAAGAGAUAUUUUUGUACAGAGAAGCCAGGUUACAAACUACCUAGGCAUUGAAUGGAUGCGUAGGCAUCUUGCUCCAGAGUACAGAGUGCAUAUCAUCUCCUUUAAAGAUCCCAAUCCCAUGCAUAUUGAUGCCACUUUCAAUAUCAUUGGACCUGGUCUUGUGCUCUCCAACCCUGACCGACCAUGUCACCAGAUUGAUCUUUUCAAGAAAGCAGGAUGGACCAUAGUUACUCCUCCAAUACCAGUCAUCCCAAAUGAUCACCCACUCUGGAUGUCAUCCAAAUGGCUUUCCAUGAAUGUCUUAAUGCUGGAUGAAAAGCGAGUCAUGGUGGAUGCCAAUGAAGUCCCGAUUCAAAAGAUGUUUGAAAAGCUGGGUAUCAGUAUCAUUAAGGUUAACAUUCGUAACGCCAAUUCCCUGGGAGGAGGUUUCCACUGCUGGACCUGUGACGUCCGGCGCCGUGGCACUCUGCAGUCCUACUUCAACUGACCAGGCCUAAUGUGGCUUGUGGCUUG